CAACACAUUCUGUGACUACAAGUGUCUCUUUAGGAAGCCUUCUCUUCCUCAAACUAGAGAGCAGCCCUGCCUAUAAAUCCUCACACCGGUCCUGGUUUUGUUCCAAGAUAGUGGUGAGGACACCUGAGGAGGAUGAGAUUCUUUUCCCUUGUUACCAAUGGCUAAAAACAGGUGGAUCGGUGAUGCUGAGAGGAGGAAGAGGUACAAAAGCUUUUGAGGAUUUCCACCCUCAACUAGUUGACCAAAGGAAAAAAGAACUGGUGAAACAAAAAUUAAAGUACAGGUGAGUGUUUGUUGUCAAACUACAGCUGAAUAAGCUGCUGCUCUGUGAACAUUAAGGUUCUUAUUCUUCUCUUGGUGCAGAUGGGAAAAGUAUGCAGAGGGAAUGUCGUACAUUGUGAACAUAAAAGAUCCAAGCGCUCUGCCUGCGGGAAUCCGUUUCUCAUUUUCAAGAAUUGCUCAAUACAGCCAUUACCUUGAAAAGUUAUCAAAUGAGUUAAAACUGACCAAUGUUAAAGAGCACUGGACAAGCUUUGAGGAGAUGAAGAGGAUGCCUUGGUUUAGAGAGUUGCCUAUUUCAGAGUACGUGUUGGCGCACUGGAAGGACGAUGACUUUUUUGGAUACCAGUUUCUAAAUGGAAACAACCCUUUUGUUAUCCAACGUUGCACAAAGCUUCCCUCCAAUUUAGCCGUCACCGAGGAAAUGGUGAAGCCUUUUCUUGCCAAAGGAAGUUCUUUAACAACAGAGAUGAAGAGCGGUAACAUUUUCAUAAGUGAUUACAAGAUCUUGGAUGGCCUACCUACAAAAGUUAUUGAUGGUAAACCACUAGCUCUUCCAGCUCCCCUCUGCUUACUCUACAUAAAUCCAGAGAAGAAACUACUGCCCAUUGCAAUUCAGCUUGGUCAGCGAGAAUCAAAGGAGAGCCUGGUUUUUCUGCCCAGUGACAUGGACACUGACUGGCUGCUGGCCAAACUAUUUGUGAGGCACGCAGAGUUCCACUAUGCUGCAAUAGCAACACAUUUGCAGGUCACUCAUCUAAUUCCUGAGGUUUUCACAGUGUCUACACUUCGCAACUUCCCUACGAUUCAUCCUUUGCACAAGCUGCUGAUCCCCCAUCAUCGAAAUACACUCCAUAUCAACAUCCUCGCUCGUGCUCGUCUUUAUGGCUCCGGCAAAAUACUUGCAAAUAGUUCACUUGGAGCAGAAGGACAAAUAGAACUUCUAAGAAGGGGGCUCUCCCAAACAACCUACGCCUCCCUCUGUGUUCCUGAAGACAUUGCCUCUCGCGGGCUGCAGUCCAUUCCCAACUUUUAUUACCGAGACGAUGCACUGAGGUUGUGGAACAUCAUCAACAGAUUUGUCACAGCAGUGGUGUCCUAUUAUUAUCCAUCUGACCGUGACGUGUCAGCAGAUUCUGAGCUCCAGGAAUGGGUCAAUGAAAUCUUCCACUAUGCUUUUCUGGGAAAACGCAGCUCUGGAAUUCCUUCCAGCUUUCAAAGUGUGGAGAAACUUGUCAGGUUCAUCACUGCAGUGAUCUUCACUUCAACAGCUCGCCAUUCUGUAGGGAACCUCGAACAGUUUUCUUAUUUCGGUUGGAUACCCAAUGGUCCAGCAGUGCUUCACCAACCUCCGCCAACAACAAAGGGACAAUCGAGCAUUGAGGCCAUCUUGAGGACUCUGCCAACAAAAUAUGAAGGGGGACUCUCAAUGUUGCUUGUCCGGCAGCUUAGCAUGAAGUUUGAUGACUUUGUACCUCUGGGUAAUUAUCCAGAGCAGCGCUUUGAAGAGCCAGCAGUGUUGCAGAUGAUUAGGGAUUUUCAGGCAGAACUGUCCUCCCUGAGUGUGGCUAUUGCGAAAAGGAACUUGGAGCUGGAGCUGCCUUAUGAUAAAAUGAACCCUGAUGUCAUUGAAAACAGUGUAAGCAUUUGAGCGGGACCACAUUUUCAACAAUAGUAAACAAGUUGUCAUUGCUUUGAUUUACAGUGUACUGCAAAUAUUGUACUGGACU